CGACUAGCUGCCCGCCGAUCUCCUGCCUCGCCUCGCUGCACCGGAUAACCUGCGUCCGCGCGCACCGGGUGGGGAGUUCGCGUAGCGGACUGAGCCUGCGCGAAGUCGGCGGAGACGCGUGCCUACGGGAAGGUGGCCGGGAAGGAGGGCCUGGCCCUAGAGGGGAAAAGCCAGAGAUGGACCUUGUGAGAUUCGUCCGGCUCUUCUCCGGCCCUCGCCCAGUGGGACUGUAUGCCCUUCAGCACCUUGACCCUCUCAGAGCCAAAUGGGCAGGAGGCAGGGAGGGGCCUAAAUGGCUGAGGGCUGUGGGGCUGACACAAGCCUGCAGCAGCUCCCCCUCUCAACUGCCCCUUGGCCAGGGGAACCAGAAGAACAGGAGCAGCGUCAGCUCUGACCUGAGCCAGCCUGGCCCCAUGGCCACUCAGGAGGAAGAGGAAGAGAGCUUUGGGACCCUCUCCAACAAAUAUUCCUCAAGGAGAAUGUUCCAAAAAUCGACAGCCCAGUUGUAUAACCUACGGCUCAGGGAACAGAGUGUUGAUGAAGAUGAGGAGAGGGACCUGGAGCCAAAGCCAUGGCGGGGCCGGAAAAACACCCCUUACUGGUACUUCUUCCGGUGCAAACACCUGAUCAAAGAAGGAAAGCUGGCAGAGGCCCUGGAGCUGUUUGAGAGGCAGAUGCUGAAGGAGGAGCGACUCCAGCCCCUCGAAUGCAACUACACGGUGCUGAUCGGGGGCUGCGGGCGAGCCGGAUACCUGAAGAAGGCCUUCAGGCUCUACAAUGAUAUGAAAAAGCGGGACCUGGAGCCUUCAGAUGCCACAUAUACGGCCCUGUUCAACGUCUGCGCUGAGUCCCCCUGGAAGGACUCUGCUCUGCAGAGUGCUCUGAAGCUCCGGCAGCAGCUCCAGGCCAGAAACUUCCAGCUCAACUUGAAAACAUACCAUGCACUGCUGAAGAUGGCCGCCAUGUGCGCAGACCUCAGGAUGUGCCUCGAUGUGUUCAAGGAAAUUGUCCAGAAAGGGCAUGCAGUCACCGAGAGGACCUUCAGCUUGCUGCUCAUGGGCUGCAUCCAGGACAAGAAGACGGGUUUUCGAUAUGCCCUGCAGGUGUGGAGGCAGAUGCUGAGUCUGGGGCUGCAGCCAAGCCAGCAUGGUUACAACCUGCUCCUGGGGGCAGCUCGAGACUGCGGCCUGGGGGACCCGGAGGUGGCCUCGGCACUGCUCCUGAGGCCCAGGGAGGAGACAGUCUUGCUCCAGCCCCUGGCAGGUGGGUUUCGGGCAAGGAGGAGAGCCCAGGCCCGGGGGGGCGACGGUAUGUCAGUCAGGCUGGACGUGGAGGCCCUGGAGAGGCAGCUGUUUCUGGAACCUUCUCAGGUGCUUGAGGGCCCUCUGGAGCCUCAGGAAGCCAGAGGCCCCAGCAAGGCCCAGCCCGAAGUGGAAACCAAGACAGAGCCUGACCACAUGAUGGCCCUCACUUCUUUGGCCCCAGAGCCUUCUCCCCGGGGGCCGGAGACCAACCUCCUGACCUUGGGAGCAGUCUCCCCAGCUGUGGUCUCCUUUGGGACUGUGACCACCCCGGCUGACCGGCUAGCCUUGAUGGGGGGCCUGGAGGGCUUCCUGGGCAAGAUGGCAGAGCACGGGCUCCGACCCAACAUCAAAACCCUCACACUGCUUGCUGAGGUGUUGGAGCCCGGGAGUCCCGCGGAGUCCUCACUGCUGACCGUCCUGGACAUGCACCAGGUGGAGGCUGAUGUGACGUUCUUCAACACGCUGAUGAGGAAGAAGAGCAAGCUUGGAGAUCUGGAGGGGGCGAAGGCUCUGCUACCACUCCUGGCAAAGAGGGGGAUCCUUCCCAACCUGCAGACGUUCUGCAACCUGGCCAUUGGGUGCCACAGGCCGGGGGACGGCCUGCGACUACUCGCAGACAUGAAGAAAUCCCAGAUGACUCCCAACACCCACAUCUACAGCACCCUCAUCAACGCCGCCCUCAAGAGGCUGGACUACACCUAUCUCAUUGACAUCCUGAAGGACAUGAGGCAGAACAGAGUCCCGGUGAAUGAGGUGGUCAUCCGCCAACUGGAGUUUGCAGCCCAGUACCCACCCAGCUUUGAUCGGUACAAAGAGAAAAACACCUACUUGGAGAAGAUUGAUGGCUUCCGAGCUUAUUACAAGCAGUGGCUGAAAGUGAUGCCAGCAGAGGAAACCCCCCACCCGUGGCAGAAGUUCCGGACCAAGCCCAGGGGGAACCAAGACGCCAUCACUGAGGCUGACAUGGACAGAGGCCUUGGAGGCAGGUGAAGGGAGGCCCCGGGGACUUCCGGCAGAGCUGGAACAGAGUGCGUGGUGUUUACAGGGCUCCAUGGGAGCCCCGGGAUGCUUUCCAUAGCUGACCCACAAAUGUGUUCCAGUGGCCUCCAGCGCAAGGGAAUGGUCGGGCCCAGAGGAAGCGCUACAGCAUUCUGCAGGCAUAGGUACGAGGACACACUGGGCCCAGGGCCUGACGAGUCCAUGGCAGGUCCAAGAGCAGACCAGCUGACCUUGGCACGCCCUCUCAGGUCAUCCUUGCCCCCAUCACCGAUGGGGAAAGUGAACUGGCUCGGAGUCACACACCACCUACAAGGUAGAGUCAGGAUUGAGUCCCAAGGGUGACGGGUCCCUGGGGUCUGGUGCUCACCCACUGGGUUCUACAGAUGGCUGGCUCUCUGAAAGAACAAAUGCAGGGCCCAAAAGGUUUAAAAGUUUUAUUUCUACAAAUCACAGCUGAUAAACACCAAAGCUUUAAUAUGUAGAGACCAUGCUCCCACUCGGGCCUGGAGCACCGCUCUGAGAGAAGAGCUGCUCCCAGGAGAGGGCGUGAUGCGACGGGCAGAAACCUGCGAAGUCCAAGGUUCAGGGUGAAGAGAGGUCAGGGCCCGAGGGCCUCAGCCAGAGCAGCCCCGACAGCCGCAGUGCGUGCACUCGAUGAUCCGGCCCUGCAACAGAGGACAGCUGAGACACCGCACUUCCACCACGUGUCACCCCUCCCCCCACACGCAGCAAUCCUCCCACCAAGAAGGUGGUGGGACAUUCACGGUCUACCGUGACACUCUUCAAAAAGCCCUUCAUGAUGGAUGGAAACAGCUACUGUGGACCCUGAAGCUACACUUCUGUGCACUUAAUAUAUGCAAAUUCUAUGUACAUGCUUAUCCCCCCCACCACAAAAGGAAAAAAAAAAACCUGUGAGCAAUUCUUGUUAUUCUAUGAAGUGAGCAUGACACACCCUUCAAUACGCUGGAAGUUGGGUCUGUGUACUACUUGGGGCUCAGUGCCAGGGGCCUCUGGGCUGGGGAACUUUCUAGUGGGGGCGCCGGGAAAGAGGAUGUACACCUGAAUCUGUAUGGCAGCCGAAGAGUCCUAUCCCCUGGAC